CGUCCCACGAAAAUGAAAAUCGCCUCUCUCUCAGUCUUCUCUCUGCCAGUCUCUUUGAUAAUACGAACGUGAGUGUACAUCGUCCGUGCGCAUUUUCAAACAGCACGAAAGAAUUACAUUUCAGCCCUUUUUGAUACGACUCGUACCAAAAUGAAGUCGGCUUACACGAUUAGCGUGUUACUUUGCAUAACGAUUGGCUCGCUAGUGUUAGCUGACAAUGGUACAGCGCAGACGACGAAUGAGACACAAGCACGUAACAAAUCUGGUCCUGUGCUAAAUUCUAUAACAGAGAUUAAUAAUGAUACAACAACUGCUACACCCAGCGCUUCAACCUCUGUAACAAAUAAUACCAUUACUCCAAAAACUACUCCUACUCCAAAAACUACUCCUACUACUCCUACUACUCCUACUACUCCUACUACUCCUUCUACUACUCCUUCUACUACCACUACCACUGCUCCAAAUACUACUACUCCUGAACCUACUACAAUUACAACUACAACUGUAUCGACAACAAGCACUAAGGCUACGACACCUACAACUAUAGUCACUACAACUGGAGCAAAAACAACAGCUGUACCAUCUACUUCAUCACCUUCCAUGGAUCGCCACUUUGAUGGUUUAAGCUUUUUUGGUGGCUUUAUUCUUGCUACAUGUUUGAUGGCGAUUGCCGUAUUUUCGUGGAAAUUCUAUAGGCAAUGCAAUGAAAGGAACUACCGUACACUGUGAUAAGGUGCAAGGCUGUAACAAACUUUCGAUAACUAAAUGUAGUUGAUCGAAUUAAGAACUACGAAUAAUUAUUUUAUUGUAAUAAUAUUGCGUAUUUUUAUAACGCAGUUAAGUGUUGCGUGGUUUAAGUGCUCUUAGUAAUGUGAUGUACAACCACGAGUUCCGUUUUUCUCGAUAUAUAUAAUUGCAAAGAAUUAAGUAUCAUUUAUUGAAAAAAAAAUACAGUAAUUGUAUUUAUAUAUAUUACGGGCGUUUUAUUAAUGUAUGAAAGAUGCGAUCCAUAAGAUGCACAAGUAGAAACGGGGAAAGAGGAAAAGAAAUAAUACAGAGAAAAAGAUGAGCAUAUUAAAUGUACGAGAGCUAAUGACCAAUCAAAAGUACACUUUCUACAAGAAAAAGACAGAGGGAGAUAUAGUUGUAGUUCUCUAAACAUUAUUUUUAUUUCAUAUUUUCACUCAAAUUCUAUGCAACUGUCAAUAAAAUGCAAUUUGUGUCUUUAAUGUAACAGCACAAUAUGCAUAUUUUAAAAUCCUAUACUAAAGUUAUAUAAGCUUUAACUUUUCUACAGGAGAGAAAGUCAACUUGAAAAAAAUAAAAGUUUAAUACAAAAUAUCUUAGCAUAGAAAUGUUAUGUUGUUAAUUGAAAUAAAUUUCGAAAACAGAUUCCGAUUUCAGAGAAGGAUAUUGCGUUGUAUAAAUAAUGAUAUCGAUUCAUGAUACACAAUUGGAAACAAUGUGAAUAUCGAGUUGAGCUGUUAUUGCAAUAUUGAUAUAAUCGUUAUACGAUAAAUGCGAGUUGAAUAACUCAUUUUUAUAUUUCAGUGAAUAUUUUUGUCGUUUCCAUCAUACAAUAUUUUUUAAUUGAAAUUCUUAAGUUCUUGCGGUUUAACACGUGGAUAAUCAUGAAAAAAUAUUAAGUGUUAUUUAUAACAAUUAAAGCUUAUAUUGUAUACAGGGUGUUUUUAAACCUAUGUCAAAAAAUUUAAGGGCAUAUUCUAGGGAUCAAAAUGAGAAAAAAAGUUCCUAUAAACAUGGGUUCAAAAAUGAAGAUUAGCACUCAUAUCUCACUCUCAAAAUUGGAUCAAAUUAUCAAAAUCAUAAAAAUGAAGUAUUCACUAAUUGUAUUGUGCAAAAUUUUAACAAUCUAAGAAAAAGUCUGACAGUUUUUGAUUUUUUUCUCCAACUUUAGGGAGUUAAUAAUUCAGAAGUAAAGUAUGUUUGGACCUAUAUUUAUAGAAAUUUUUUCUUAUUUUUACCCUUAAGAUAUGCCCUUUAAAUCUUUGACAUAAGUUUAGAAACACCCUGUAUAUAUAGAUAUAUACGCAGUAGUAUAUGUAUAAUUAUUUUUCUUUAAUGAUAUUUGUAUACGUAGACAAAAAGAGACCAUUUUACUUUAAAAUAAUAAUUGAUUGUUUGCGUGUUAUAUAAUCUCGCUGAUGCGUCCUGACUCUUUAAAAAUGCUUUUAAUAUGCUUGUUCGUAAAAUAAAAAGCCUAAAUAUUAA